GGUGAGCGAGGAACUUGCCAGGCAUCUGAUGCUAUUAAAAUAGCACCAGUGAACAGCAAGCUGGAUAGACAAACCAAUACUAGUAGUUGCAGCCACCUUAUCGUAUGAUAGCUACAUACGGUACUCGUAGAGGCAAUGAAUUUGAUGCGAAUCCUUCACGUGUUGUCCUUCCUCGUACCGCUCGGGCUCGUCGUCGGUGGUGCCGAUAACAAUGCCGGUACUGAUACUGAUACUGAUACUGAGAUCGGUGGCAAUGGAGCAUUAGAAAUUCGGCCUUUUCGAUCGGAACAACACUAUACAUCUACAUCUACAGCCACAUCAUCCAGACGACGCACUGGAGCCGGCGAUCUCGACGAGUACAACGACUAUGCGUCCCAGUUCGACAAUGGCGGAAACGGGACCAACACUAUCGUCGGAGGAUCCAAUAUAAACGCGAAUGCAGCCCCCUGGUUUGUCCACUUUGCCUCCAAAACAUGUUCGGGGUCGCUGAUAUCCCCCAGCCAUGUCCUCACGUCGGCAACUUGUCUACGAAGCACCGGGAUUCCCAAUCUCGUACGAGUUGGAGCUACCAACCAGCUCAACGGGUUUUUACGACAAGUUGCCUGUGCCACAACGUACCCGGAUUACACGUUCGUAAACGACGAACCGGAUGCUGCAACCAUUACGGGAGACUUGGCUAUUCUGAAACUCACAGCACCCGUUCCCGGAGUGACUCCAGUGACACUCAAUCAAAACUCCAAUGUCUUUAGCAACGACAACGAGUCUCCACCACUAUUGGCAUUGGGAUUGGGAUUCAAAGCUCCCAACCUCCAGCAACUAGAACUGGAGCAUGUAUCAACGAACACUUGCCAGCAAUCGUAUGGCGCCAACGGGCAACGCAUUAUCCAGCCUGCUAUGCAUCUUUGUGCAUCUGCGAAAAAGAACAACAAAGGUCUCUGUACAGGAGACAGCGGUAGUCCCCUGGUCAUGCUGGAUGACAAUGACGGGGCCAUUCAAGUGGGGGUUGCUUCGUUUACCUAUGGGACUUGCGGAGACAAGAACAUUCCUGACGUAUUCACUCCGGUGGCUUCCUACAGUGCAUGGAUACAAGCAAUGAUCGGUGGCGAUGAUGGCAGUGGCUCCUGUGGAGAAGUCACAACGAGCUCUGCUGCUCCAUCCCACAGUCCAUCCCACAGCAGUAAACCAUCCAGCAAUCCUUCUCAAGCACCAACGAAUGAUGGGGUGCCUUCUAACAAUCCUUCGUCGUCUCCAACGACUCCCGCGCCAACUUUGCCACCUACAACUCCCGCGCCAAGCCCCCCUCCCACAAUGGUACCAGCUUCUGCCAUAUCGGAACUUACCGAACAACUGGUAGUGCUGGCUGUCCAGGCGGUUGGCAGUGCAGUCGAAUGGAAGCAGACAUGGAAACAGGAAAACCUGCCAGGGCUUGCAGCGCUUUUGCCAUCCUGGCUUCCAUAGCAUCGCUUCCAUAGCAUCAGCUGCCGGAAGCUGAUGAGGAAUCUUAGCCGAAGAGCCUCGGGAUGGCCAGACUGAGGGACUUUUCAACCGGCUACUCAAGUUCAUAGCUAGGAUGCAUUAUUAAAGUGUUUACAUUUCCAAAACUUCAAGCUACAAUAUUAAUAAAAUAUCUUAUUUAUACUGUACUGUAUUCCAAA